UCUCUCCUCUCCUCCCAUUCUUUUGCCGAAGGGAAAUUUUCAAUUUUUUUGAAGGAAAUUCUCUCCUCUCGGCCCAUUCUUUGCAGUUAGCUAGCUAGCGAAUUCUUUCAUCGGAUUCUUGCUCGUCGGUCGAUCAAUGGCGCGGAUGGCAGGCAAGGGGAGCAGCGGCAGGGCACUGGCCGGCGGGGCCAGCGGGGCCAGUGGACGCGAGCGUGAGGGGAAGAAGGCGCUGCUGCUGGGGCGGUUCGAGGUGGGGAGGCUGCUGGGGCAGGGCAACUUCGCCAAGGUGUACCAGGCGCGCAACGUGGCCACCGGCGAGGAGGUGGCCAUCAAGGUGAUCGAGAAGGAGAAGGUCUUCAAGUCCGGCCUCACGGCGCACAUCAAGCGCGAGAUCGCCGCGCUCCGCCGCGUGCGCCACCCGCACAUCGUGCAGCUCUACGAGGUAAUGGCCACCAAGCUCCGCAUCUACUUCGUCAUGGAGUACGUGCGCGGCGGCGAGCUGUUCGCGCGCGUCGCCAAGGGCCCGCUCCCGGAGGGCGAGGCCCGGCGCUACUUCCAGCAGCUGGUCUCCGCCGUCGCCUUCUGCCACGCGCGCGGGGUGUACCACCGGGACAUCAAGCCUGAGAACCUCCUCGUCGACGACGCCGGCGACCUCAAGGUCUCCGACUUCGGCCUCUCCGCUGUCGCCGAGCAGAUGCGCCACGACGGGCUGUUCCACACCUUCUGCGGCACCCCGGCCUACGUCGCCCCCGAGGUGCUCUCCCGCCGCGGCUACGACGCCGCCAAGGCCGACCUCUGGUCAUGCGGCGUCGUGCUCUUCGUCCUCGGCGCCGGCUACCUCCCGUUCCAGGACCGGAACCUCGUCGGCAUGUACCGCAAGAUCCACAGGGGCGACUUCCGCUGCCCCAAGUGGUUCUCCCCGGAGCUCCUCCGCCUCAUG